GCAAAACAUUUUGUAGAUUUUAAAAGAAUUCGUGUAAUUGGCGGUAAAGGAGGGAAUGGUUGCAUGUCAUUUUUAAGUUUAUUUAAAAAUGAGUAUGCUGGUCCUGAUGGCGGAGAUGGUGGAAAUGGAGGACAUAUUGUUUUUCAAGCUGAUGUGAACACCAAGUCACUGUCAAAAGUCUAUCCAAUAUAUAAGGGUGAACAAGGCAGUAGAGGACAAAGCAAACAUUGUCAUGGCAAAAAUGCAGAACCAACUAUUGUCAAAGUUCCAGUCGGGACAUUUUUCAGGAAUGAAAAUUCUGAUGUGCUUGCUGAUCUAGCUAAGUCUGGCGACAUGUUUGUGGCUGCCAGAGGAGGAGCUGGUGGAAAAGGGAAUUAUUUUUUUCUUAGUAAUGAUAACCGUGCACCAACCACUUAUGAAGAGGGUGGCUUUGGGGAAGAAAAGGUUUAUUAUGCAGAAAUGAGAAUCAUUGCCCACAUUGGCUUGGUUGGAUUUCCUAAUGCUGGAAAAUCGACCUUACUGAGAUGUCUAACCAGGGCAAGACCGAAAAUUGGUUGCUAUCCAUUUACAACACUCUACCCUCAUUUAGGAAUCGUUAAUUAUGAUGAUCAUGAGCAAGUUUCAAUUGCAGACAUACCAGGUCUAGUUGAAGGUGCUCAUUUAAACAGAGGUCUGGGAUUUUCAUUUUUACGACAUGUCGAGCAAUGCAAAAGCCUUAUAUAUGUUAUUGAUCUGUCUUACAAAGAUGCUAUUGCGCAGCUGGAUGUUUUAAAAAAUGAAUUAGAGAAAUACCGUGCAGGUUUGUCAGAGAAGCCCCAUCUAAUUGUUGGAAACAAAAUAGACUUGCCCAUGAGUAACACUAAUUUUGAGAAAUUCUGUUCAAAUUUAAAAGAUUACAAAUAUAAGAUACACGCAAUUAGUGCUAGAAAAAACACUAACAUUGAUGAUUUGUUAUCUUCAAUUAGACUCUUAUAUGAUAAUUGUUCACUUGGUUAA